CAACAAUCGCUGAUAUCAUUGUUUUUUCACUCAAAAACACAUCUCUUGCAGUCAUUUAUGUCUCAUUUGAUGACCAUUUCAUCCAAACAGACGUCGAUUACAAUCACUAUCACUUGACCGCAAGAAUGGCAGCGCUUCUUAAGAACCAGAUAUUGAAACACCUCUCGAAGUUCACGAAGAACUUAUCGCCCGAUAAACUGAACAUAAGUGCAAUCAAAGGGUGUUGUGAUGUCCACAACAUUGAGCUGAACGAAGAGGUGCUGAUGGAUCUGUUGGAACUGCCCGUCUGGAUGUCGUUGACCCGUGCCUUCUGUAAUCACGUGUCACUGAAGGUCCAGUGGAUGAAACUGAAGACUGUUCCCAUAUAUCUGGCUUUGGAUGAAGUGGUGGUUGAGAUCGAGACCUGCGAAGACUUCAGGCGAGGCUCUAAAACCAAUGCUAAUAAGAGUCCGCAAAAUAACAGUGAUUCCGGUAAAUAUGGUUUUGCCGACCGAGUGGUCGAUGGUAUGACUCUUACCAUCAAUUCGGUUGUAAUUACCUUUCGGUCCAAAGUUUUCAACGCAUCCCUACAAUUGUCGCGACUAAUGAUCGAAAGUCGAAGUCCUAAUUGGAAACGGAAUGUAGACCUGAGGUUAACCCGCAUUAAAGACCCAAAUAGAGGCCAAAUACUGAUAUUCAAACACUUGGAGUGGCAGACACUGCGCUUCGAGGCGAAGGCCGAGUCCACUAUAAUGCAGACACCGCUUCGGCUCAUCACAAACCAGGCCUCGUGUCGGAUCACUAUUAAGAAAAAGCUGAGCGACUGUUCAGCACUCGGCGCUAGAAUUAUGUUUAUAUUUGACGACCUGUUAUGGGUCUUAACCGACGCCCAACUCUUGUCUGCUCUGCAUUUCGCUGACUAUUUGACUCAAUUGAUCCGAAGAGCGCCGCGAACUAAGCAUUUCAAUGAUAUCACUCCUCUGUCGCCCACAUUCUCCUCACUCAAGAACCUGAGCGCCAGUUCCGCUCAAACGGCACAGUCAGCCGUCAGUCGACUCUUUAGCCAAUACGACAUCAUUGAGACCUCUCAUCACCUGUUCAUUAGUCGCAUUGAAGUGCAUUUAUGCGAUGAUUUGGACCCAAAUAAUGGCCGCUCUCUUCACCCUAGCCUUAAAGACGGCGGCGCUCUUCAGAUAACUAUCUCUAAACUAGUGAUCGAUGUCUAUCCAUAUCAAAAAGUGAUAUCAAACCGCAAUCAUUGGCUCAGAUAUUCAGACCCUUCUUCGAGUCGCAGUCAUUGGAUUAAUGAACACUUGCAGUCAUUUCUUGAGAAGAGGUCCAAAACGAUGUCAUCGCCGUCGGGAACAGUUCGGCCACAAUCGCGGUCUGCUUUAAGUCAACUCAUGUCUAGAGUAAUGCUCAUUCGUUUGGGUGAUUAUUCUGUGAGUUGUGUCACAACUAAUACGACCACUAAAUUAAAGCUCAACGAGAAACUGGUGGCAACUGAUAAGUCGGCGCCACUUCCCGACGAUAUGAUGGCUUUCUAUAUGGAAAUUAAUAAUUAUUAUUACGUGGACUCUAACGAUGCGGUCCCGGAAUCGACAGCAUUCGUACACUUGGCUCCACUUAAAGUCAAUUUUGAUUCACUCACACUCUUAUGGCUGAACGCGUUUCAGUCUAAUCUUCACAACGCAAUGGUUAGACUCCAAGAAAUGCUUCCCAAAGAGGAGAAACAACGACUCAAUACGAGAAUCGAGUGUUUAAUGCCUUUGGUUUCAAUUAAAUGUCCCGAUAGUUACGAAUUCAGUUCUUUUGAGAUUAAGAGCGCAAGAAUUGUGGCCACAAAUUGUGAGACAGAGAGUGCGAGCUUUGAUGAACUCAAUAAACUAAUGGAAAGUAUGGGCGACACGGGAUUCAUGUACGACAGGCAGUCAUUUCCGUGGCUCCAAACGGAUCCCAAACCCAUUUCGGAUCACUUUUUGACGAAUUUAGCAAAAUUGAAGACCAAAGACAAUUCGCAAGACAUUUGGACGCUUCGGAUGGAGCCCUUGUGGGCAGAGUUCAGGAAUAGGAGGACUAAUAAGUUUGUGUCACUUUUAGAUCCGCUUCCCAUUACUCUGUGGGCAUUCGAGUCGCCGACAAUUGGCGACAAAUUGAGUGAUAAUUUAGAGCCAAAUCUAAGUCUUUUAUUAUGCAUAUCAUCGGCAGUGAAGGUACAGAUAAAUCACAGCCAAUACAUGUUUUUGAUGCGCUUUUUGGAACAAUUGGGCGAAUUUGGGGUUCAGAUGAAUUCGGACACAAUCACAAUACAGGCCAACGGCAACGCUUCCGAUGAGAACCUAUUUAAGAGCAUAUCAUUGAUUUCAUCCAUUCCUCACAUCGAACUCACUCUCAAACUUAAUGAAGAAUUUCAAACCUCUAGAAGUAUUGGAAUAUCACCGCAACAGUCAGUAUUGGAUUUAAGGUCGCCUUCAGUUUUGGAUAAACUAUCGGUUGAUUCCGAGAUUCAGAGGACAGUCGACAACAAUUCAAUUCAUAAAUUGAUUGACUCUUCAUUUGUGUCUAAAUCGCAGAGCGAUUCCCUUCUUAGCGGCAGUUCUGUUAACUUUGAUCACAACAACCGAUUCGCACAAAGUGUGGACAACAAUAGGUUACACAAGGACUUGAAGGACAGCCCACCGAUGGCCACAUCGCUGAACGCCAUUCCCGCUCACCUUAAGCUACAAAACGCAUCACUCGUUACGUUCAAGAAGUCUCCUGUAAAUAGCGAUGCCUUGAGUUUAAGUAACUCUACAUUCACUGAAUCGGGUCUUACGGACUGUUCGCCUAUCGAUGACGACAACCGAUCCAUUAGAAGUGAUUUGUCCGCAGAGAGCGAUCAGUUCGUUGUCGUCGGCUUCGAGACCAUGACUCGAGAAGAAGAAGAGGACAUCUUUAGUACAAACCGUAUCGAAGCGGCCGAUGAAGUGACGGAACACUCUGUGGUUGAGUCGCCGUCUGACGACUCGGACGCCGUCGACACGAGUCCAUCCAAUUCGGUGACCGAAAAUCCACUGACCGUUACUUUGGUUCAGAUAAAGAUCCAAAAUCUAAGUCUCGCUCAACAGUCAAAAGGAUUUCAUUCAAAGAUAUUGAUGCGAACAUCGGAUGUCUUAUUGUCUGAAUUCAUUAAAAUACCGUUCAAUGAAUACCAGACACUCGUUAAUCAAAGGGUUGUGAAUAACACUAACAAUACACUGAAUUCAGCGAAUAGUAUGAGUUCUGAAGUGAAGCUUCGGUUGGAAUCGUUUGCAAAACUCAAUCUGAAAGACGAGUUAAUCUCUGUUUUAGUCAACAAUUUGGAGCUAACGCUACACAUGGACUCAGUUAUGCUUUUAAACGAUUUCAUUACCGAUCCGGACAUGGCUUACGUCCCGCCGACUAAUAUUCUGUUGAAUAACGUAUGCAUUACUCUAAUGGACGAUAAGGUGAGUGCACCGCCGCUGGCUCUCAAAGUGCCCCACCUUUCGGUCCAAAGGGAUCGAUACAAUCAAAUGACUGUCACUCCGCUCAACACAAAUGUCAGCGCACAUACGGAACAGCUAUUGACUCCACAUUUGAAAUUACGGCUACGAAAUGGACAGAGAAGUGACUCGUCUAUCGAUUUGGCCACUAAUGAGAAGAGGGAACCAAACGAUGACAACGAUGUGUUGGAUCAGGUGUUGAAGAAGAACGAGAUUCUUACGGAACAAAUGCAGAGAUUAGUGAUCCUCUUAUAUCUCGACUUCUUCGUUUAG